AUGAACAGCUUGCUGACGCUGGCGAGCACCACCUCGCUGUUCGGCAGCGGGGGCACACCGCUCCAGGAGCAAUUUGAGGCCCGCAUCCCAGGCUUCGGCGUGCUGCAGGGCUUCUUCAAAAAAUGGCUCAAGGUCGAGCUGACGACGGUGCUCACCAUCGCCGCGCUGAUGGGCGCGGCGUCGAGCGGCGCACAGGGUCUCCAAGCCGCUGGAUCUAAGAUGUACUGGUGGAUUAUCAGAUUCCUGACAGCGUCGAUAAGCAUCGCUGGCAACGACCGUCUCAACCGCGAGGUGCUCAACUGGCUUGGUGCAAGGGUCCUUAGCAACGGCAGUCGCAUUCUGACGGCCCAUUCUGAGACCAUACAGAACGAUGCAUGGUAUUAUAGGAGAGUUCAACAGGAGCGAAAUGACUACCACCACGAGAAGCGCAUGCCCGUGCAGUAUCUCCCCACGUUUGGCACUACGUGGUUCGUCUUCGAGCGCCGCAUCUUCAUGAUUCGGAGAAUCAUGACGAGCAGCUCGCACUACCACAGCGCCUUCUCCAAGGGCACCCCCGACGAGUACGCCGGCGCCCCCGAGGGAUCUGAGCCGCUCGUCAUUCUAUGCCUCGGGCGGACAGAAAAGCCAAUCAAGCGGUUUCUUAACAUGUGCCGCGACUUUUCGGACAAGCUUAGGACGAGCAAGCGAAGGCAUUAUGAAGAGUCUUUCGACACUACGAUUUUGCGGCCGCUUCGCCCCCUGGAGACGGUGCAUUUCGACGAGAAGAUCAAGGCUGAGCUCGUAGACGACAUCAUCAACUACCUUGACCCGAAUACGCGCAAGUUCUACAAUGGACGUGGCAUCCCGUACCGGAGAGGCUACCUGCUUCAUGGCCCUCCGGGAACUGGCAAAACAUCCCUUUCGUUGGCGCUUGCGGGCAGGUUCGGGCUAGAGCUGUACUUGGUGCAUAUCCCCAGCGUCCGCGAAGACGAGGCUCUGGAGAAGCUCUUCACGGCUCUGCCGCCGCGCUGCAUCGUUCUCCUCGAAGAUAUUGAUGCCGUGGGGAUUAGGCGGCGCCCGGCAAAGGUCACUGAGGACAGCGAUGACGAGAACGAGGAAGAAGAGUCCGAGGACGAAAACGACCGCGUGGCUCGAUCUAGGUGCACUCUUUCUGGUCUGUUGAACGUGCUUGACGGCGUCGCAUCUCAAGAAGGGCGCAUCGUGCUUAUGACGUCAAACUUUGCCGAGAAGCUCGACAAGGCUCUCGUGCGGCCCGGUCGCGUCGAUAGGAUGAUUUACCUAGGCAACAUUUCGCCUCGCAGCGCCGAGCUCAUGUUCCUCCGCAUGUAUGCGCGCGAAAAGGGAGAUGGUCCCGCGACGACGGAGAAAUUGCAGCUAUCCGAGGAGCAGCUAAAGCAGUUGGCGCUUGACUAUAGCUCGCAGGUCCCCGAAGACGUCUUCACUCCUGCCCAACUCCAGGGAUACCUUUUAAACCACCGCGACUCGCCGGUUCAAGCAGCAGAAAACAUGGCCACCUGGGUGAAGGAGGAGUGGGCCCUCAUGGAUGAGGCAAAGGCGCGGGCCAAGAAGGCGUCGGAGCUCCGGAAGAAGAAGAAGCGGGAGGCCAAGCUCAAGUUGCUUGCCAAGCCAGCAAAAGAGGCUAAGAAGGACGAGGGCGAGGACCUUGAUGCCGAAAUCGAGGCACUGAAGGCCAAGAUGGCAAAGGAAAAGUCUAAGAAAAGCAAUAAGGCAAAGGAUGAUACGGAGGCGGGGCCGGAAACGGCAGAGACGGCAGUGAAUGGCGAGGCGGCCGUCAAGGACGACAGCAAUGAUGGCAAAUCAACCUCUGUGAGCGACGAAAAGGACGCGGCUCAAGACGGAAAUGCCAAGACGAACGGUGCCGGUGAGACGGAAGAGUCGACGGCCGACACGAAGGGGCCGGCUGACGAUACAAACGGAGUCGCCGGGACGAAGGAGCCGACCACUAGGAGUAACGGGGCAGCCAAGACGAAGGAACCGACGACUGAGAUUAACGGAACAGCCGAGACGAACGGGACCAAGGUUGAGGAGACGGAGACUGAGGGCCUCAAAGCGACGACCGAGACGGCAACAAACGGGGACUCGGAGACGACGGCGGUGGAGAUAAAAGAGGAGUGA